GUCAUUGGCCAUGUCGAUCCAGAUCCCAACUUCGGUGGGGUCGGGGUUCGCUACGUCAGCGACGCUGGCAUUCAGGUCGAUGUGGGAGUUGCAGAGGAGAAGGUGCGCGACUCCUUCCGCAGCUACCUUCAUCACCGUUGCACAGGGAGGCCGUAUGUGGUCCUGAAGAUUGCGACCAGUCUGGAUGGACGAGUGGCUUGUGAAGACAAGACCUCGCAAUGGAUCACUCAGGGAGAAGCACGAAAAGAUGCCCACGGACUUCGUGCUGAUUCUCAAGCCAUCCUCGUUGGCAGCGGAACUGCGUUGCAAGACAAGCCCAGCUUAACAGUGAGACCAGAUCCUGGCCUCCGAAGUCAACCUCUGCGAGUUGUGCUUGACAGCCGCGGUCGAGUCAGGGAAGGCCCCUUGAUGGAUACCAAGAUGGCACCUACACUGAUCUUCACCAGUGAAAACUGCUCUGCGGAUGCCAAGAAGAGGUGGCAGGAGUGUGGUGUUGACUUCUUCGAAGUGCCGAUAGUCUCGAAGGUCUCGGGCCGUUUGGACCUCUCCCAAGUUCUCACAGAACUGGGCAAGAGAGGAGUCUUGCAGCUGAUGGUGGAGGGCGGAGCCGUUUUGCAGGGCCAGAUGCUGAAAGAAGGCCUGUGCGAGGAGUUAAGGGUCUACAUUGGCGCGACUCUGUUGGGGUCUACUGCUCAGCCCUGGGCACAAACGCCUUUGACCUCCACCAUCAAGGAGGCGCAGUUCUGGCGCCUUCGAGACUUGCGACGAGCAGGCAAUGAUGUAUGCCUGGAGUAUGAGAGAACCGACACUUCGAAGAUUUCCAAGUGAGCGCAGUACUUCCAGACGAGGGGCAUCCAGCCAGUUGAGUUAGCCGACCUCGUUUCAUCUCGGCCGAAGUCACAUUGGGCGACGAGUCUUUGACCGGGAGAUGACCCGAUGACGACCAGAUGCCGAAUCACUUGCGGAAUGGGUGAAUUCCUGGUGUGGGUAGCGGUCGACGUGAUGCCAGCAUUGCGCCCAGAAAGCGAGUCCCGAGAUGAAAA